GUGACCAGAAGUCAGCGGCUUCCCAGAAGCCCCGGAGCCGGGGCAUUCUCCACUCACUGUUCUGCUGCGUCUGCCGUGACGAUGGGGAGAACUUGCCGGCUCACAGUGGGGCACCCCUGCUUGUGGAGGAGAACGGUGCCAUCCCCAAGCAGACCUCAGUCCAGUACCUGCUCCCCGAGGCCAAGGCCCAGGACUCGGACAAGAUCUGCGUGGUCAUCGACCUGGACGAGACCCUGGUGCACAGCUCCUUCAAGCCAGUGAACAACGCAGACUUCAUCAUCCCCGUGGAGAUCGAUGGGGUGGUCCACCAGGUGUACGUGCUGAAGCGGCCCCACGUCGAUGAGUUCCUGCAGAGAAUGGGUGAGCUCUUCGAGUGUGUGCUGUUCACCGCCAGCCUCGCCAAGUACGCAGACCCAGUUGCUGACCUGCUGGACAAGUGGGGAGCCUUCCGGGCGCGACUGUUCCGAGAGUCAUGCGUCUUCCACCGUGGGAACUAUGUGAAAGACCUGAGCCGGCUGGGCCGAGACCUCCGACGGGUGCUCAUCCUGGACAACUCGCCCGCCUCCUAUGUCUUCCAUCCGGACAACGCCGUACCGGUGGCCUCGUGGUUUGACAACAUGAGUGACACAGAGCUCCACGACCUCCUCCCCUUCUUUGAGCAGCUCAGCCGUGUGGACGACGUGUACUCAGUGCUCAGGCAGCCGCGGCCUGGGAGCUAGUGAGGCGCCAUGGGGCCAGAACCUGCCCCUGACCGUUGGCACUCCUCCUCACACGCAGACUCCCAGCAGCAGCCUCCGUGGGCCACACUCAGCGCCCUGGGGAAGCAGUUGUCUCCCCCACCAGCCCUGCCAGACUGCAGCAGGGAGGAACGGGCAGCAUGGAGCCCCUGAGCCCCUGUGUCAGUGCCUUCAAACUUCUUCACCCCCAGGGGACUUGGGGGCCCUGCCUACCACCUCCCUUUCUGCCUCCUCCUCUGUGCUGCCUUGUUUCUCUGCUGCCAAGCUGGGCCCCAUGGCCCCUCCUGAUUCUGCUUGGGGAAGCAGGUUCGCUGCCUUGCGCCCUGGGUCCUCGGCCUGGGAAGGACAGAUACCAAGUGCCUUGCAUAGAGCCCCUGUCCUACCCAGCCUUCCCAGGAACACGGGUUGCUCUUGCCUGGAACGUCCUGCCCUCCCGCCCAUUGUCACAGCCUAGGCUGGUCAGGAAGGAACGGGUUGCCCCUUCCCCACCUCCCUGGGGACUGAUGGAGCCCCCUAAUCUCCCUGGGGUGGGGGGAGAGGAGACAGGGCUGUUACCACUUGGGAAGGGAGCAGAGGUCCAUCCUGCAGGACUCUGCAGUUCAGCUUCUCCUGGCCGAGGGCUGUUCCGGCAUCGCCCGAGCCACCUCCUUACUUCUGCCUUAACCCCCCAAAAGUCCUGGGACUUGGUGCUCCCAGCACUGAGUGAGCACAGGCAGGACCCCUCGUGGUGCCAUAUAAAUAUGUAUAUGUGUAUAUAGAGUUUUAGGGGAAGGAGGGAGGAUGGGGAGGGGUAGAGACUCCUUUCCUAUGUGCCUUUCCUGGGCCCAGAAAUUGAGGGGAGGGAGGGAAAGGAUUUUUACAUUUUUCUAAGUGCUGUUUUCUGAAUGGAACAAGCUGGGCCCAGGGCCCUGGGCCCAGUCCUGUUCUCCCACACCCUUUGCUCCAUUCAUGUAAAAGACGUUUAUUGAGCACCUGUGCCCAGCACUGAGCUAGGCCACCUGCUAUGGGUAUGGGAGUGUCUACACAACCCAGUGGUUCCUCCCCACCCACUCCAGACUUCACCAGUGCCUUUGGGAAUCUGCAGGAGGUGGGACCUUGUGGGGUUUGGGGGUAGAGCUCCAGGAAUCCUGACCAAGCUGCCCCCUCCCCUGUGCCAACCCACCCCCUGUAGGGGACCCUCACCUUGCCCCCUGCUGGCUGGGGGCAGUUCCUGGGACAUCCUGCCUUCCAACUCUUGACUCCUCUUUCUGAAACCUUACCCAUUCUUGUGAGUCUAGAGGUCAAGGCCUUGGGCACCCCCAGGGUCUAAUGGUUAAGGGGACCCACUACCAGUGCCAAGGGGGAUGUCAAGUGAUGUCACCCGCCCUCCCUCCCGCAGAUCUGGUGUGGUGCGGGGAGGGAGGCCUGAAAUGGGACAUUUAAGUGCCUUCUCUGACAGCCCGAUGGUGUGGAGAGAACUAAAGAGAAAGCCAGACCCCGCCCCCCAAA